UUUCUUCCGUAACGUACCGUAGGCGAUUUUUGCCUGCAGGUUCGCUUCUCCGGCAUUCUGUUCAUGGCUGCGAUAAAGGCCAUAAACUCCAAGGCUGAGGUGGCACGGGCCCAGGCGGCCUUGGCCGUCAAUAUAUGCGCCGCCCGAGGGCUGCAGGAUGUGUUGCGGACCAACUUGGGUCCCAAGGGCACCAUGAAAAUACUUGCAAAUCCUCCUUUGGAAAUGAAAUCAUCAUUGCAGUCCAUCUGGGGAGAAGUGAUAGUGUGGCUUGCAAAUGGUGGCUUGUUUCUGGGGCAGGAGAUGUCAAACUCACCAAAGAUGGCAAUGUGCUUCUCCAUGAGAUGCAAAUUCAACACCCAACAGCUUCCUUGAUAGCAAAAGUAGCAACAGCCCAGGAUGACAUUACAGGAGAUGGUACUACUUCAAAUGUUCUAAUCAUUGGAGAGUUACUAAAACAAGCUGAUCUUUACAUUUCUGAGGGCCUGCACCCUAGAAUAAUAGCUGAAGGCUUUGAAAUUGCAAAAAUAAAGGCACUUGAAGUUUUGGAACAAGUUAAAAUUAAAAAAGAGAUGAAGAGAGAAAUCCUUUUAGAUGUGGCUAGAACAUCUCUACAAACUAAGGUUCAUCCUCAACUGGCUGAUGUGUUAACAGAGGCUGUGGUGGAUUCUGUUUUGGCAAUUAGGAGACCGAAUUACCCUAUCGAUCUCUUCAUGGUAGAAAUCAUGGAGAUGAAGCAUAAAUCGGAAACAGAUACAAAGUUGAUCAAAGGGUUAGUUCUGGAUCAUGGUGCCCGUCAUCCAGAUAUGAAGAAACGAGUAGAUGAUGCAUUUAUCCUUACCUGUAAUGUAUCGCUAGAAUAUGAAAAAACUGAGGUGAGCUCUGGUUUCUUUUAUAAGACUGCAGAAGAGAAAGAGAAAUUGGUAAAAGCUGAAAGAAAAUUUAUUGAAGACAGAGUACAAAAAAUAAUAGACUUGAAAGACAAAGUCUGUGCUCAGUCCAAUAAAGGAUUUGUUGUCAUUAAUCAAAAGGGAAUUGAUCCAUUUUCCUUAGAUGCUCUUGCAAAACAUGGCAUUUUAGCUCUUCGUAGAGCAAAAAGAAGAAACAUGGAAAGACUCUCUCUUGCUUGUGGUGGAGUGGCUGUGAAUUCUGUUGAAGACCUCAGUGUAGAUUGCUUGGGACAUGCUGGUCUUGUAUAUGAGUACACAUUAGGUGAGGAAAAAUACACUUUUAUUGAGGACUGCAUUAACCCUCGCUCUGUCACCUUGUUGGUUAAGGGACCAAAUAAGCAUACUCUCACACAAAUCAAGGAUGCUGUAAGGGAUGGACUUCGUGCCAUCAAAAAUGCCAUUGAAGAUGGUUGUGUUGUUCCGGGAGCAGGUGCUGUUGAAGUGGCAAUAGCUGAAGCUCUAGUUACAUACAAGCACACGAUACAAGGAAGAGCUCGUCUUGGAGUCCAAGCUUUUGCUGAUGCUUUACUCAUUAUCCCUAAGGUUCUUGCUCAGAAUUCUGGUUAUGACCUGCAGGAAACACUAGUAAAAAUUCAGGCUGAGCAUUCAGAUUCAAAACAACCAGUCGGCAUAGAUCUGAAUACAGGUGAGCCAAUGGUAGCAUCAGAUGCAGGAGUGUGGGAUAAUUAUUGUGUAAAAAAACAACUUCUUCACUCUUGCACUGUGAUCGCCACCAACAUUCUUCUGGUUGAUGAAAUUAUGCGAGCUGGGCUUCCCUGGUGGCUCAGUGGUAAAGAAUCCUGCCUGCAAUGAAGGAGACAAAGGUUGGACCCCUGGAUCCUAAAGAUUCCCUGGAGGAGGAAAUGGCAACCACCUCCAGUAUUCUUGCCUGGGAAAUCCCAUGGACUGAGGGACCUGGUGGUCUAGAGUCCAUGGGGUUGCAAAAGAUCUGGACACGACUUAGUGACUAAACAACAGCAGCAAUUUUAUAUCAUUUAAACAUCAUAGCAUUGAAUUUUUGUGUACAUGUCUCCUUGGACACACAUGUGAGAGUGUUUCUAGAGAUUAUACCUAGAAAUGGAGCUGGAGUUUAGAGCUCUUCAUCUUUAUAUUUACUAAGUGGUUAUACCAGUUUACAUUCUCCCCUGUUUAGUUCCAUAUCUCUACAACCUUGCCAAGUCUUGUUAUUUUUAAACCUCAAAUUUUUGCCAAUCUGAAGAAUAUAAAAUUAUAUCCCCUCGUAACAGCAAUUGCCUUGAUUACUAGUGAAAUUGAACAUAUUUUCAUGAAUAUUUUGACCAUUUUCUGUUCUAUAACGUUAUCUAUUCAUAUUGUUGCCCAUUUUAUAUUUUUGGAUUUGUUUUUCUGGUAUUUGAUUAUCUGUCUAUCUAUAUUUCACAAUAUUUUCUCCCAGAUUUAAACUUCUUCACUUUUGAAAAGUAUACAAAAGAAUUUGGUAUACAUGCUUUUAUAUAUACUGAAAUUUAUCAUUUUUUCUUUUUAGUUUAUAUUUUUUGUGCUUCUACAAAAAAUUCUUUACUGCUUCAAUAAUGUUUUCUUACAUUUCUUCAGUUUUUAAAAUUUAAUCACAUUUAGGCUAUUAAUUCAUCUGGAAUUUAUUUUUGUAUUCUGUUGUAUAUGUUAUGGAUCCAUUUCUUCCCCGCCCCCCAUAUUGUUAACGAAGUGUUCUUAUACCUGCUGAUUUGUGACUGUAUACCAGUGUCCUUUGCAUUCCAUUUGACUGAAUUAUCUUUACUUGGAUUUUUGUUUCUCAUUUAAAUAUGUUGUUCCAUUGGUCUAGUAGUUGUUAUUACAUCAAUACCACAUUGUUUUAAUUCUUAAAACUUAAAAGUCUUAAUGUGUGGUAGGGUGAGUUUACCAGUCCCUUCUUUAUUUUCUGCAAAAUUGUUUUGGCUAUUCCUAGAUCUGUUUUCUUUCUUUUAGGAUCAGCCUGUUAUAUGUUGUAUGUUUUCAUUAGAAUUUUAGAAUUUCAAUGACUUUAUAGUUUAUAUCAGGUAGAAAUAUAUGUAUUCUUCCCACUCAUAAAUAUAUCACUUUGUAUCUUACUACUUCAUUUGUUUUUUUAAUUUUAGUAAACGUUUUCAAUGAAACUCUAAGUGUUUCUUAUAAAAAUGCAUUACGUCUUUGGUUAAAUUUAUUCCUAUGUAUUUUUACAAGCUGUUGUAAAUACCACCUUUUAUAAAAAUUGUAUUUUUAAUUGUACAUUGCUGUACUAUGGUCCUUCUGUGGGCUUUAAUAUAUUGGCUUUUGUAUUUCAUAACCUUGCUGAACUGUCUUAUUAGUGCAAUAGUUUGUAGUUUAUUUUGGAUUAUCUGGGUUGAUCAUAACAGGUUAGUUCUUUUUUUUUUUCCACUUCUUGUAUUAUCUCUACUCUUUUCCUGUUUUAUUGAGCUGCCUAAGACCUUUGUAUAAUAUUGAAUAGAGGCAGUGAUGGCAAUUAUGUAUAUUCUGUUCUUGCAUUUAAAGGGGAUGUUUCUAGCAUUUUACUGUUUUUUGUUCGUUUUGUUUUUGCUGUGAAAUCUUGGCAGGUAGUCAGCUGUGUAAAGUUAAGACUAUUCCUUUGUAUUUCUGUUUUGAUAAGAAGUUUUUUAAAAAUGUUGUGAUUGUUGAGUUUUAUCAAAUGAUUUUCUUCAUGCUUUGAGUUGUUUUCUUCAAUAAAUUUUCUUUCUUUUUUUUUUGAUAGAUAAGUGAUUUAUUAGAAUAGGACACUUGUGAGGCUUACAAGCGGGCAGGUGAGAAAUGCCACACCCCAAGAACUCACUGGGCUACAGUUUUAUAAUCAAAGGAAAAGUGGGGAGGGGGAGAAGAACUUCUUUGUCUUUCUUGAGUAGAUGUCAUGGUUCCAUCAUCAGUUCCUUCUCCAGGUUGAGCAGGGGAGUUUUCUUGUUCUUACAUUGUCUAACUGGGUCCACAAAUCACUGCUUUUCAUGCGUGCAGAGAACGUGUCCUAGGGAUGAUGAACUUACUGAGCUCACAGGGCAGAUGUGGGUCUCAUGCCACCAUUGUUUUAUGUUUUGGGGCAUGUCCCGUGCUUCUGUUGCAUGGUUUUCUUGCUAAGCAAGGCUGCUUGUUUAAUAAGUUUCCUAAUGUUAAACUAUUCUUGUAUUCCUGAGAUAAAUCCUUUUUGAUUGUGAUGUUUGAUCAUGUUUGUUGAGUCUAAGAUGCAGAUUUUUUACAUUUUAACAUUUCUGUAAUUAGAAUAUGUUUUACAGUCAGUGGCAUCUUCUAAUUCCUCUUGCUUGAACUUGGUUACCAGUUCAGUUCAGUUGGUCAGUUGUGUCCGACUCUUUGCGACCUCAUGAACUGCAGCACUCCUGGCUUCUCUGUCCAUCACUGACUCCCGGAGCUUGCUCAAACUCACGUCCACCGAGUUGGUCAUACUUUGAGUAGUUUUAGUUAACCACCAUUUGAGGAAGGAAUAGGAGUCUUAAUUGUUGCCUGAAAACUUUCUGUUGUUAACUUCUGGUAAAGAAAAUUUCAGCAGCAAAACUUUCUGAAUAUGCAUCAGGGGCUUAGAAGAAAAUGCAGAAACUAUUUUAUGAAAUAUUACAUACCACCCGCUCUUGAUGGCAAGAAUAAAUAUGAAAGCCUUUGAGUUGAAAAGUGAUUUAGAAGAGCUGGACUCCAAUAUGAAGAUCUUAACGUUAUUUAUUUUGCUUAUAUUUUCCUCAUUAUGAAUGUAUAAGAGUGAUAGAUAAUAAAAGUAAGUGUAAAUAAGUCUAAAAAGCUCUUUCAGUGAGCAUAAAAUAAAAUCUGGGUGAUAAGAAAGCAUUAUGUUAUGGUUGAAGUGAUGGGAUUUUUCUUUCUUAGUGUAAAAGUAAUGGUAUAUCUUAGAAUCAGUGACAUUUCUGAUGUGGUGAAAUAUAGUAUUAAUGUUUUAUAUAUUGCUGGUCUUGAUACUAAUAUUUAUUUAGGUUUUUGUAUGUAUUCAUAAGCAAGAUUGGUCUAUAAUUUUACUUGCUCACUAUCCUUGUCCAAUUUUGGUAUCAGUGACAUACUAGCCUCAUAAAAUGAAAUGGAGAAUUAUUCUUCUUUUUCUUUUCUUUGAAACAGUCUGAGUCAGUAAGAUGGAGGGUUAUCUCUUUCUUGACAGCUUGGUCUUCGCCCAGUAGUUUUUUAAAUGGGAGGGAUAGAUUUUUGAGUCCUGAUAAAAUUUUCUUCAUUGCUUUAAGUCUUGAGUUUUCUAUUUCCUUUUGAGUCUGUUUUCAUAAUUUAUAUUUUAAAAGAAAUCUUCUAUAAAACAAUGCUUUUACCCUUUGUGUAUUACUCUAGAGAGGAUGUCUCUUUUUGGUAUGGUGGGGCUGGUCAGUUGGGGUUGAGAGAGGGUAAGAUUUUUCUAGUGUCUCUUUACUUUCUUUAUUUUUAAUAAAAUAUUAAUUGAAGUAUAGUUGAUUUUUAAAAUUGUUUAUUUUAAUUGAAGUACUUUGUUUUGAGAAGAAUGUCUCUAAAAACAGCCUAUAGCUAGAUUUUUAUUAUUUCAAUCAGUUGUCUGACAUUUCUUUUAACUGGCAGGUUUAGUUAAUAUUUUAUGAUUACUGAUGUAAUGAAUUUACUUCUACCAUACAAUUUUAAUACCUUCUAUUUGUCCUUUUUAAUGCUUUUUCUCCUUUACUACCUUCUAUU